AUGUCGAUGAGACUGUAUGCUUUGACAAGCCAAGUUAUCCAUGGUGAGAUGCAGUUCUAUGCCAGAACUAGACUUUUCUACCAAGAAGUACCAACCACUGAAGAGGGUAUGAUGGGAAACUUCAUUGAACUGUCUAACCCAGAUAUCCAGGACUCUCAGAAACUUCUUAGGAAAGUUAUUGGGGGGCCUGGGAAAGCUGGGAUGGACUGUGCCUUGGACUGCAGCUCUGGGAUAGGAAGGGCAGCAAGCAUGUCUGUGAUGGAAUCUUUCCUCCUCGAAGCCCAGAACUACCUGCAAGUCACAGAGGACAAGGUAUAAAGCUACCACUGCUACAGCCUGCAGGAGUUCACAUCUGCAUUCCAGAGAUACAGAUACGAUGCUAUCUGGAUUCAGUGGGUCUCUGGAUACCUGACUGAUAAGGACCUUCUCUCCUUUCUUUCCUGGUGCUGAGACGGCCUGAAAGAAAAUGGUGGUGCGGGAGGGCAAGUGGUGCGGGAGGGACUGAAGGACAAUGUGGUGCGGGAGGGCUGCAUCUUCGAUCUCUCUGGCAGCAGUGUGACUCGGGGCAUGGAGAUCCUCCAGAGCCUCACUGAGAAGAGUGGGCUGGUGGUGUUGGGCCAGGAGAAGCAGGAGGGUUUUCCAGAGCAGUGCAUCCCAGUGUGGAUGUUCACUCUGCACAGCGACGGACACUCCUGA